GUAGUGAGAGCUCCCAGUCCGAUCCUCCAAGUCUUCGAUCUACUUUUCCACAGUCCCACAGUCCACUCCCUCUUCAGAGCUAGAGAGAGAAAGAGCGAGAUUCGCAUACGCAGAUAGAGACUAGAGAGAGAUAUAUGGAUAUAAUAUCGCAAAUAAAAUAAUGGUUUUCAUUUUUAUUUUUUAUAAUUUCUGCCUUUCAUGGAAAGAGAGCGAAAGCUCUAAAAAGAGAAAGCCAGAGGCAGUUGGAGAGAGAAACCGAGGAGGAGAGAGAGGGAGAGAGAUAGACUGCCAAGGGUUUCAGUUUGGUAAUGGUGAAUUAGCUCUAUAGCGCCUGAUCGACGAAGAGGAAGAAUUGGCCCUAUACGAAUAACCCUAACACCAAACAGCAACAAUCGCAAUCAGAGAAGGGGCUCGUCGGAUUUCCCUGUACGUUUCCUCAUUGAUGCUCUUCGGCGGUGGAGCCGAUGGUUGGAAAUGGAUCGUGUUCGCGGAGGCUAGCACCGGCGGCGGCGGCGGUGGGAGAAGCGGUUCGCUCAUCGGCGCCAGCGUCGGUGGCGGAAGCGGCUUCUGGUCUUGGACUGCUCCCCCCAAUGUCGGCUUAGCCGUCGCCGUCACGGCCAUGGCCGGUAUCGCCUUGGCCGCGACAGUCGUCUACUCUCGUAGGUAAAGAAAACAAACACAAAUUCCCCAAAAAAACUGAAUCGAAAUCCCUAAUUUGUUGUGAGAGGAAAACCCUAGAUUCUUCGCUAGCUAGAUAGGUUGAUAGGUAGACAUUACACACAUAGAUGAUUACGCAUCAGAAACCCUUAAAGAGAGCCCUACGGCGGAGUCACACUUCCUCUAAUUCAUCUCCACCGUCGUCAAAUUCCACAUCUUCACCGUCAUCGUCGUCGUGGAUUCAUUUGCGAUCGAUUUUGUUAGUCGUUGCUUCCUCGUCUUCCUCACCAGUUUCCACUGAUCGGGGUAGUCUUAAAUCACCUUGGUCCCGUAGGAGAAAAAAACAUGCCCUUCUACCCAAACAAUGGAAAAGUUUUUUUACACCUGAUGGGAAACUCACUGAUGGCGGUCUCAAGUUUUUGAAGAAAGUUCGCAGUGGAGGUGUUGAUCCAAGAAUCCGAGCUGAAGUGUGGCCAUUUCUUCUUGGAGUCUAUAACGUGAACAGUUCCAUGGAAGAAAGAGAAUCUGUUAAAAAUGAGAAAAGAAAAGAAUAUGAGAACUUGCGGAAACAGUGCCGGAGAAUUUUAACAAACAGUGAUAAGAGCUUUAAGUUGAACGAAGCUUCUGGAAACAGUAGCACCGAGGGCAGUGGGGAUUUCAGUCAAGUUUUAGAUUCUUCUGGCCAAGGGGAUGUUGCAAGUGCCAGGGAGUCCAUUUCAACUGAGGGAGGAAACCAGUUGGCCAAGGAUCCUGAUAAGCCGGUUGACCAUCAAGGUGUUCAGUCUUCUAAAUCAUGUGAAGGAGAUGAUGAGAAGAGUGGGGUCACCUGUGAAGAUGCCUGUGCUGGCGGCAAGACAGAAUCAACUGAUUCUGAUUCCUCUGAAGACGCUGAUAUCACUCGACCAUUACUCGCCACUGAAGUAACUGGAGAAAAUUAUGUUGACGACAGUGCUAAGGAGAGCUCCUCUCCCUCCAUUAUAGAAAACAAGUCCAAAUCCCACACAGCAGAAGAUUUUGUCACAUGGCAGAGGAUCAUCCGCCUUGAUGCUGUGCGUGCAAAUGAUGAAUGGAUCAUUUAUUCACCAUCACAGGCUGCUGUAUCAGAGAUCAAGGCACAAAGACUAGCUGAGAGUGUCGGGCUGAAGGAUUACGAUCACUUGGAGCCGUGCAGGAUUUUUCACGCUUCUCGCCUGGUUGCAAUCCUGGAAGCAUAUGCGGUGUAUGAUCCCGAGAUUGGUUACUGCCAAGGUAUGAGUGACCUACUUACUCCAAUCAUCUCAGUGAUGGAAGAGGACCAUGAAGCCUUCUGGUGCUUUGUGGGUUUUAUGAAAAAGGCACGGCAUAAUUUCCGGCUGGAUGAGGCUGGAAUCCGAAGGCAGCUUGGCCUUGUUUCCAAGAUUAUCAAGUGCAAAGAUGUUCCUCUCUACAGACACCUGGAGAAGCUUCAAGCGGAGGAUUGCUUUUUUGUGUACAGAAUGGUGGUGGUGCUCUUCAGGAGGGAGUUGAGCUUUGAGGACACUCUUUGCCUCUGGGAGGUAAUGUGGGCAGACCAGGCUGCAAUCAGAGCGGGGAUUGCCAAGUCUGCUGGGGGGAGGAUGAGACUAAGAGCCCCUCCUACCGAUGAUCUCUUGCUCUACGCAAUAGCGGCCUGUGUGCUACAAAGAAGGAAGCUAAUAAUAGAGAAGUACAGCAGCAUGGAAGAGAUCAUGAGGGAGUGCAAUAGCAUGGCUGGCCGUCUGGAUGUUUGGAAACUUUUGGAUGAUGCCCAUGACUUGGUGGUGAACCUUCAUGACAAGAUUUAGAAACACCCAAUGCUAAUGGUAGGCUUUGGUUUUUUUUUCUUUCUUUCUUUUCCUUUUUAAUUAUUUUUAAUUUGAUGUUGCACCUGCUGAGGAUCCCUUUGAAAGCAGGAUCUUGAGGUCAUGUUCACACUGCUUGAAACAAGCAUCUGAUAGGCACUUUCUGUAUUGGGAGUAAAAUUAUGGGAUUUUUAUAUAUAAAUGUAUUGCCCGCACUCUGUGCUUCUGCAGAGUGACUGUGGCACAGCAAUGCAGAAUUAGUAAUUCAGAUCAACCUCGCUCCCAUUCAUAAACGAAUUUUCCCCUUUUGAGUGGGAUGAUAUUGGUUCUUUCA